GUAGAAUGUUGCUGAAGUAGUUUAACAAAGGUAUUUUAUGUCUACUUUCAAAAAUUUGAAGAGCGAUUAUGAUGUGUUGUUUGGAUAUAUCAGUUAGUUAAUGAGUGCAUGUAACCUUUGUGAGAAUCGUUUCAAUUGCAUGUUUUCGAGAUGAGUUCUCUUAUUGACUAUGUUUGUCGAUACAGUGGUAGAAAUGAGUGGGUAUAUCAAUGGAAUCAAUAUAUACUUUUGAUUCCGGAUUGUGGGAGCGAAAUUCUAUUCCCCUUUCUCCUUGUUAUUUUCACACUUUUGGGACUAUUGCCUUAUACUGUUAUUCUAAUAGCUUCAAAGUCAAGUCACAGCCGUUUGAUUUCGUGCUUGUAUUUGAGCAAAUCGGGUCUCGUUUGCAUUUCUUUUCUUCUUAAUGCCGUUUGGAUCCUGUAUGUCGUUUUGGAAAUGCGAGAGUUCGGUUUAUAUUCGUUUGUUCGACCUGGAUUAAUAUCACUUUCUCUCGUAUCAUUUAUCAUUGUUAUGCAUUAUGAACGCAAACGAAAUACACCAAACUCUGGUGUAAGCUUUUACUAUUUAUUGUUGUUAAAUUUUGUUUGGAUAUGCUGUUGCUGGAAUCACACUGUUCACUACAUAAAGAAUUCUACGAUGUUGUUCACAACAAUCAAUAAUACCUCUGUUAUUCCUAAUACUACUACUACUACUACUACUACACUUCCUCUUCAUUCAACUAUACGAAACAAAGAGAAUUUUCUUAACAUUUUAGAUUAUAUCAAUUUACUUAUCUCUUUCAUUAUUUUCAUAUUGAACUGUAAUUCAGAACGUCGUCAAUGUUUAAAAACUAAUAAAAUUAUCAAUAUAACAAAAAAGAAUCCAAAUAUAAUUACUGAUAAUGUUAAUAAUAAUAAUAGUACCAUCAAUCCAAAUGAUGAUCAAGAUCUUUCAGAGCAUUUAACUAAUCAAAUGGAAGUGAAUUACAGUGAUGAAAAUGUAGAAAUACAAAAUUUACAAGCAAAAUCUCCUGAGAAUGACUGUUCGUACUUGUCACGUAUAACCUACUCAUGGUUCACAAGUUUAAUAAUCAAAGGAUUUCGUAAACCUGUUGAAUUUAACGAUAUAUGGCGAUUAGAUUCACAGCAUUUAUCAGCCAAUGUAUCAAAGAUAUUCUUAACUAACUUGGACAAAUAUUUAAUACCAAAUAAAUCAACUAAUAAUUAUCUUGAAAAACGUCGUGCUUCUAUGGGAAAUAAUAUAUAUCAUGGUACUAACGAUUCAUCAGAUAGUGAAUUUCGACGUAGAUCAGCACAAAGUAUUCUUGGCUUUGGUAUUCCACAACAUAAUAAACAUUUAUAUAAAUCUGGAUUAACAAAUACUUAUCCAGAUGAUAUCAAUAUAAGAAGAGCUAGUGAAGGUAUUGCUUUAUUGAAUAAUAAUAAAACAUCACUUCAAAUUAACAAUAAUGAUAUUCAUCUCGAAACUGAUUUAAACCAUAAAACUCAUCAAAAUGAAUCAUUACAAUCAAUUGAUAAUCGAAUGGAUUCAAUAAAUCAUGAUUUACCAUCCAGUACUAUUAUAGUCAGUAACAACGUAGAACUUCGUACGUACGUACAUCAGUCCGGAUUGCCAUACCAUAUUAGCAUACAGAUGCAAUUGUCGAUUCAAAUCUUGUAGUGGUAGAGGUAAUAAAAGUAUAAACAGUCAUCGAAAAGAUUAGGAUUUGAAGAUGUUAUUCAAGGAGUGCAACUCAGCGUAAUAAAUUUUGAAAGAGAAGAAAAAGGGACAUGAAGUCAGAAGAUUAAAAUUUGGGAGAACAACAAGACUGAAUGUACCUGCGCCACUGCAAAUAAUUUUGAGCCAUGUUAUUGUUUUUCCAAAGAUCAACCAACACGUCGAUCUGUACGUAUACAUGUUGGUACUAAACCAGAAUAUAUACCGGAAUUAUCAGAGAUAAAUACAGAUUCUGCAAGUUAUACACCGAUAAAUGAAAAUUCCGAAUUCUUUAUGAAAGAGAUCGAUCAUAAAUCACCUAUUAAUGACCAAUCAAACAAUCAUCUAAUUAAAGGAAAAACUGUUACUACAAAUGAUGAAUUAAAUAAAUCGAUUGAAAUUAAUCAAAUCAAUCCAGUAAUGAUGAAGUCAUCAUCAUCAUCAUCCUCAUCUUCAUUAUCAUCAUCAUAUCUAUGUCAUUGUUUCUCUAUUAUUUGUAUUCAUAAAAUGAAAUUUAGUUUAUUAUAUGCAUUAAUGAAAACUUAUGGGAAAACAUUAUUAUGGUCAGCAUUUUUAAAAUUUUUAUAUGAUAUAUUAGUAUUUGUUAAUCCAUUAUUAUUAAAGUUAUUAUUGAAUUUUCUACAAAAUACUCAAUCAGAACCAAUAUGGCAUGGUUAUUUAUAUGCUAUAGCAAUAUUUAUUGAUACAUCUGUACAAUCAUUAAUAUUACAAAGUUACUUUCAUAUUGUAUUCAAACUUGGUAUGAAUAUUAAAACAGCAAUUACUGCAGCUGUAUACAGAAAAAGUCUACGAUUAAGUAAUAAAGCUCGGUAUCAAUCAACUACUGGACAGAUUAUGAAUUUAAUGUCAUCUGAUGCACAACAAUUUGUCCAAUUAAUGCCAUUUAUAAAUAUUCUAUGGUCUGGACCAUUUCAAAUAACAAUUGCUAUGGUAUUUCUAUGGAGAGAAUUAGGACCUUCUGUAUUGGCUGGUGUCGGUGUUCUAUUAUUACUUUUACCACUUAAUGUUUUGGUAGCACGUCGAUCAAAAAUUUUUCAAGAGAAGAAGUCUUCAUGUGCAGAUAGUCGAAUAAAGUUUAUUAACGAAUUGAUGAAUGGUAUACGAGUAUUAAAACUUUAUGCUUGGGAACCAUCAUUUAUGAGAGAAAUUGGUCUUAUUCGAGAUCAAGAAGUUAAAUAUUUACGAAAAUUCACAUAUCUUCAGUCUUUAUCAUUUUUAUGGCAUUGUACACCAUUUUUUGUUGCUAUUUCUAGUUUUGGUGUAUAUAUAUUAACAUCGGAUAAGAAUAUAUUAGAUGCCCAAAAAGCUUUUGUUUCAUUAUCUCUAUUCAAUAUACUUCGUUUUCCAUUAUUUAUGUUUCCAAUGAUUAUAAGUAAUUUAGCACAAUGUUAUGUUUCUAUUGGUCGUUUGACUAAAUUUUUGGCUCAUACAGAACUUGAUAUGGAAUCUUAUUCAAAAGAGGAUACACCUGGUAUAGCUGCAGUAGUUGAACGUGGAGUAUUUGGUUGGGAUCCAGAUGAGGAACCGACUUUAACAAACAUUUCUAUUCAAUUCCCUGAAGGUCAAUUGACAACAAUUAUGGGUAGUGUAGGUUCAGGUAAAUCAAGUUUAUUACAUGCAUUACUUGGUGAUAUGGAAAAUUUCAAUGGUCGAGUUAAUGUUAAAGGUACUGUAGCUUAUGUACCACAACAACCAUGGAUAUAUAAUGCAACAUUACGUGAUAAUAUAUUAUUUCAUCAUUCAUAUGAACCAAUUAAAUAUCAACAAGUAUUACAUGCAUGUAAUUUAAUCCCAGAUCUUGAUUUAUUACCUAAUGGUGAUAUGACUGAAAUUGGUGAUAAAGGUAUUAAUCUAUCAGGUGGACAAAAACAACGUGUCAGCCUAGCUAGAGCAUGCUAUGCUGAUGCUGAUGUCUAUUUGUUAGAUGAUCCAUUGUCAGCUGUUGAUGCACAUGUUGGUUUACAUUUACUGAAAUAUGUAUUAAGUCGUUCCAACGGUCUACUUGCUUCUAAAACAUGCAUCCUUACUACACAUAGUCCAAAAGCUUUACCAUUCUCUGAUCGUGUUGGUCUAAUGUCUGAUGGUCAAAUAAUUGAAUUGGGUAAUUAUCAACAAUUGAUACACUCAAAUAAUAGUCGUUUAUCUGCAUUUUUAAUAACAGCUAUACGAGCUGAGUCAGAAGUUCAAUCAAAUUCAUCGAAAGAAUUGGUAGAUUGUUCACCGGAAAAUUUAAAAAAAGAAUUCCUUGAACCAAGUUGUUUCCUACCUUUUGAAUCAUCUCCAGUAUCUGAACAUCAUCAUAAAAGUUCCACAGAAACAUUGAGUAUAGAUAAUCAUAAUGUCGUCGGACAAUCGAGUUUUACUUCAACAGGAUUAUCUCGAAGAUUAGACAAAUCAUCAAUAAUUGAGGUUAGUGACACUGAGGAUACCGUGAAAGAACAAGAGCAAAAAACUAUUCAACCAAUGAGUCAACCAGAAAAAGUUCUCACUGGUCGAAUUCAAUUUCAAGUCUUUUUAAUUUAUAUAAAAAAUAUUGGACUACUUUAUAGUUUAUUAGUAUUAUUAUUUUAUCCAUUUAAUCAUUUAUUAUCAUUGGGAACAAAUUUAUGGUUAGCUGAUUGGUCAAAUGAUGCAAAAAUAAAUCAAUAUAAUUUAUCUUUUAAUAAUAUUACAUCUGAACAAUUUUAUUCCCAACGUAAUUAUAGAUUAUCAAUCUAUGCAUUAUUUGGUACAUUACAAGUUUUAUUCGCAAUGUUAUCUAUAUAUACAUUGUCCAUCGGUCAUUUAGGAUGUGUUAUACGAUUACAUAGUCGAUUAUUAAGCUAUGUAUUACAUGCUCCAGCUACAUUUUUCGAUUUAGUUCCUCAUGGUCGAAUUGUCAAUCGUUUUUCACAAGAUAUUGCAACAUUAGAUAAUCCAGUAUUGGUUUCAUUGAAUAGUACAUUAAAUUGUGUGCUAACAUGUUUUUUAACAUUAUGCCUUGCUUGUACACUUAAUAUAUACAUGAUUAUUCCAAUUUGUUUAUUAACAAUUAUCUAUUUAUAUAUACAGAAUUUAUAUGUGACUACAUCUAGACAAUUGAAACGUUUAGAAUCGAUUAGUUUAUCACCGAUAUUUUCACAUUUCUCAGAAACUUUAUCUGGUGUUGAUAGUAUUCGAGCAUAUAAAUUAAUUGAAAUCUAUAAAACGAUUAGUUCAACUAGACAAGAUUUAAAUAAUUCCGCUGUUUAUGCUUCAAUUAUAUCACAAAGAUGGCUUGCAGUUUUAUUAGAACUUGUUGGUAAUUCAGUUAUAUUAGCUGUUGCUAUCCUAUCAGUUGUUGCUCAAGGUUAUUUAUCCGCUGGUUUCUCUGGUCUUGUUAUUACUUAUGCAUUAAAUUUAAAUCAAACAUUAAAUUGGCUUGUACGUAUGUUCUCAGAAUUAGAAACAAAUAUUGUAUGUAUAGAACGAAUACAUGAAUAUUCUUCCAUUGAACAAGAGGCACCAUGGGAAUUAGAUUGUAGUUACUUACCAAGUAAUUGGCCUGAAGGUAUCAUUGAAUUUAUUAAUUAUGGUACAAAAUAUCGAUCUGAAUUAAAUUUAGCUUUAAAAUCAAUUAAUUUUAAAGUAGAUAAAGGGGAAAAAUUAGGUAUUGUUGGUCGAACUGGUUCGGGUAAAUCUUCUCUAGUACUUGGAUUAUUCCGUAUGCUUGAAGCAGCUGAAGGUAAAAUACUCAUUGAUGGUUAUGAUAUAUCAAAAAUUGGCUUACAUGAUUUGAGAAAUCGUUUAACAUUAAUACCUCAAGAUCCUAUCCUUUUCUCUGGUACAUUACGUUUUAAUUUGGAUCCAUUCAAUCAUUAUACAGAUGAAGCUAUUUGGCAUGCACUUGAAUUAGCUAAUUUAAAAUCAUUUAUAAAAGAUGCUAAUAAUAAUAAUAAUGAUGCUAAUUAUGGUUUGGAUAUGAACAUCUCAGAAGGUGGUUCCAAUAUAAGUCUUGGUCAGCGACAAUUAGUAUGUCUUGCAAGAGCUUUACUUCGGCAUACUUCAAUUCUUGUAUUAGAUGAAGCUACAGCUGCUAUAGAUAUGCAAACGGAUAAUUUAAUUCAAGAAACUAUUCGUCGAGAAUUUUCUUCUUGUACUGUCAUUACUAUUGCUCAUCGAUUAAAUACAGUUCUAGAUUAUGAUCGCAUUCUUGUCCUUGAAGAUGGUCAAAUGAAAGAACUAGAUAGUCCAAAAAUGUUAUUACAAAAUAAAAAUUCAGCAUUUUAUUCUUUAGCUAAAGAUGCACAUCUUGUCGAGUGAAAUAUAUAACGAUUGCCUCCUACACUAUAAAAUAUCAAUGAUAAAUGAGAUAAGAAAUAGGGAGAGUAUGUUUUUUUUCUUUCUUCUUUUCUUUGUUUAAUAUACAUUCAGUGUAUAAGGCUAUUGUACAUUCCUAUUCAUAGUGUAAAGACAUCCUUCUGGUUGUUGUUGUUGUUGGUGGUGGUGGUGAUGAUGAUGGUGGUGGUGUCGUUGUUAACAAAGAACUUAAACAAUCAUUUUCAAAUUGAUGACUGUUUCUUUACUUUUGUUUUCUAAAAAAAAGAAGAAAUUCUAAAGUGAAAAACUAGGCGCCAUAAACAUUGUUUAUGUUUAAAGUUUAUUUAAGGAGUGAAUAAGAAUGAUUUUAUUUGUUUGUUUGUUUAGUUGGCUGGUUGAUUGGUUGCUUGCUUGCUUGGUUACUCCAUAACACUGCCUUCCUCUUUUAUGUUUCACAUUUUCGAUGUUCAAUUAUAAAUAAAAAUAAUCAUGAAUCCAUAUAAAAAAAGAAGUUUAAAUCAAUAAAAAAAUAUUUUUUUAAGAGAAAAAAAAGUAAAAGAAAAAAUCUCCCCUCCCCCCUCUUUGUUUUAAAAAAUAAAAAAAAAUUUUUUUGCAAAAAAUCUUUUAACCCAUUUUUAAUUAGAAAUUAUUAUUAAUUAAAAUUAUAGAUUUUAUUGUAUACUAUCCCCCCUCUUGUUUUUUGUUCCUUCUGUUUUACAUACAAAAAACACAUGCAUAGUUACAAACAAACAGUAAGUCAAUGUUUAUUGUUGUUGUUAGAUUUUGUUUCUUUUUUUUUUCAAGUUCCCUUUUUUUAAUCCCCAUUUUGUACAUCUAAUUGUCUUAAGUUUGUGUGUGUGUGUGUGCGACAAUAAUGAUAAUUAUUAUUAUUAUGUCUGUUUUAUGUUUUGUAUACAACACAUCGAAAUAAAUGUUUCUGCAUUGUGGAUUUUCUUUUUUACUUCUGGUAUUUUCAUAUUUAAUAGUUGGAUUCAUGAGUCAAUUGAAGCUAGACAUACAUUGAAAACUGGGAAGCACUGGAUGGCUGUUUCGUCUUGUUUAUGGGACUCAUUCACAGUGCGCAUCCAUGAUCCUGCCUCGAGAGAUUCGAACCCAGUACAUAUCCGUCUCGCGUGUGAGCGUUUAAAUGUUUAACUUCAAUCAAUCCAUGAAAUUGAGUGACACAUCCAUUAUUGUCAUU